AUGGAGUAUUUGGUGCGAAUGUCCUAUUGUGAGUUAUACAUGGAGCGUGUCAAUGACUUGCUGAGAAAGAUUGGCCCGCAAAGCCAGAACCUAGUGGUAAAAGAGGAUCCGGAAGGUCGUGGUUUCUAUGCAGAUGGUCUGAAAGAGAAGAUCGUGUCUUCCGCUGAAGAGGUCAUUGAAAAGCUUGCUGCGAGAGCUCCAGAGGAUGGCGAGCACAUCCCGUUUCGAGAUUCCAAGCUUACCCGCUUGCUUUCGGUCCACCUCAAUGGAAACUCUCAGACUGGCUUGUUGGUGACAUUGACCCCAUCAGAAGAUGCCGUUGAGCAAAGCCUCACAACUCUACGCUUCGCGCAAAAGGCUGCCGAAGUCCGCUGCGUGGCAAAGCCUGUCCUCAUCAGCAAGGAGCAAUCCCUAAUCGUGAAGCAGAGGGAGAUCAUCAGCCAAUUGCACAACCAGGUGCGAAGUUUGCAGGAAGAAGUGCAGAGGUCCACGAUGCAACGUACGAAUGAGGCGUUGGUGCUCAGCUCAUCCAAGCAUGGUCAAAGCUUCAUUUCCAAGAGCCGAGAGGCAGACAUGACGGUCAAGCGACUGUUGCAGGUCGACACCGUGGUCACUGCCCUGCACCGGAACAUGGACGUGCUGAAGAAGCAGAAGGCUACUGUGGUGGAGAGCAUGAAGGGUCUCUACCAGACGAUUCAUGGCAUCACGGCCGCUGUGGCACAAGCUUCCGAGGUUCUCAGUGCAACAGGCGACUCGGAGGUUGCCAAAGAACUCUUGCGCAGCGCCUGUCCACUGGAGGAAAGUGGCAAAGAAAACCAAAAUGUUUGGGUUCCAGCAAUUCUUGAACUCAGGGAGAAAUUGGAACUGCUGGUUGAUGCUGGUCGUUCCAGAUGA